GGAGUUGGAUAGAUGGCCUUGCAUGCUGUGGCUACUCCUUCCUAGUGCCCUUUUGAAACUCGUACUCCCCCUCUGCCUAGUCCCCUCCACCAUGCAGUCGAACCGCUACAUCCUACUGUUGCUGUUGGCUAGCUGGCGAGAAGUGAUGUGUAAGCUGGGCUGGCAGUGUGCAUGUUAGCGGGACUCAGAACUUGCAGUGGAAGGACUGAUCCCUUGUCUCGGAGUAAUCUAUAUUAUGUGCUAAUGUAUUUAUAUGAAAGAAGGAACAGGAUAUAACAUGAACGCAAGGAACCUGGACGAAGGAUGAAUGCUUUGCUCGCCAGGCUGCUAGCAGGCAUGGAGACAGGUUCAGAGUGUGCAGGAUAACCAAACUGUCAAUGUGCUUACUGCUUCCAUCAUCAGGGCGAUUACCAGACUACCCGCCACAACAUACCAGAAGACAGUCUUCUCACUCUUCGUCGUGAGAACGUGGAAUCUCGCGGCAAUAAACUUUCGGGUUUCAUAAAUGGCUGGGAAUUCCUUGACAGGUUGAGUAACAACCUUUCAAGCAGACCUUGCUUGAAUCAUGGCGGACAUCAAAGGGGAUAAAAACAGCGGAAUUCAAGAUUACAGUUCGAGUGUCCCGACAGUGUAAGACAGUGCAUGAUUUUAUAAAAUGAUCACCGGUUAUUUUAAGAAGACGUCAAUGCAGAGCGCUGGAACUUUUACAAAGGAUGACCCCAUGGCGUACCAGGUGCGCGUGUUCCGUCCUCUGGCGUGUGCAGCUUUGUUGGUGUGUUUAGUGGUAUACUCUUUAUUCUACGCCUCGUCGACAAUGUUCCAGUCCACGGCGCCAGCUCCGGCACGUACAUUCAUGACGUUACAUUUGGCAACAUCUUCUGAAAGUGUACCUGCUGCAGGGAAUGAGACAAUUUCUUCAGCACCAACACAAGGUGCAAACACCACAGCAUAUGUACCUGGUGUAGCUGCUGUCUCUGUGGCUUCUGAGGCUCCCUCAAACAACACGACCACUCACCAAGUAGUUCACCAAGUAGUCCACCAAGUAAUUCAGAAAAUCUCAUCCAAGGAGCAGGUUCCAAGCAUCGCGGCUUCCAAUAACAGCAACGCCACCUCAUCAGAUCGAGCAGAACAAGGGAUCUUGACCAAAUACUUAUAUGAGUCUGGUUAUGAUAUCUCAAAUGUUGAACUUUGCCCAGAUCUGGGCAAAAACAUGCAACUACUAGUAGCCAUUACAUCUGCUCCCAGUCACAAAGAUGCUCGUAUGGCCAUCAGACAGACGUGGGGUCACUACAGGCAGCGCAGUGAUCUCAACAUAGCAUUCCUUCUUGGUUCUAGCAAGGAUUCACAGCUUGUUCAGGAGCUGAGGGAUGAAAACAGACUUUAUGGUGAUCUGAUAAGUGGCCAUUUCCUCGAUUCCUACAACAACCUAACCCUUAAAACAGUGUCCUUACUGGAAUGGGUCGACAAUUACUGCAAUCACAUUAACUUCAUUCUUAAGACAGACGAUGACAUGUUCAUAAACAUACCUAAACUGCUGAGUUUCAUAGAGAAACAUGCCAAGGAUAAGCGAACCAUUUUUGGACGCCUUGCGAAAAGGUGGAAGCCUAUCCGAAACAAGAAAUCCAAGUAUUAUAUUUCACCCAACCAAUAUCAACCAGCCACUUUCCCUGACUUCACCACAGGCCCAGCAUAUCUCAUGACUGGUGAUGUGAUUCACGAUUUAUACACCGCUGCCUUAGGUAAGACAUACCUCAAGCUGGAAGAUGUUUUCAUAACAGGAAUAGUGGCUCAGGAUGUGAAAAUUAAACGGACACAUGUAAAUGAGUUCCUAAACAAACGUGUAGCUAUGAAUGCCUGCAAUAUUCAAAAGGGAAUAAGUAUACACAUGGUGAAGUUUCAUGAACAGUUUGAUCUGUGGAAAAAACUGCUUGAUGGAAAGACAAAAUGCAAGUAAUAUCAAAUUGCAUCUGAACUACAAAGACAAUUUUUAUACAUAUUUAUUGGUUUCUAAAUUUAGAAAUACCUUAGUAUGAACUGAAUAGAACUUAUCCAUUCAGUAGACAUUAAAUAUUUUCAGUAUUCAUGUCUUCUGUGUUUCUGGGCUGUGAGAGAUUUCAUGUCACAAAACAUAAAUAUGCUCAGUGACUGGCCUUACCAAAAUCCAAACCUUUAUCCUGUGUCAUAAUAAUGAAGAAACUUAACUCUGACAAUCAA